GCAAGAGCAGAUUUCCGGUCCUUUUUGGUACUGACUGUCUGCCUGUGAUUUGGAGCUGGAGUUUUAAGAAAACAUUUUGAAGAGCAUGUGCUUUAGGAAGAUGAGACUGUUAAAGGCCUGCUGUAUCAGCUGUUUUGUGACUGUGAUAACCUUGACUCUGCUGCAAAGAAGCAGCAGAACUAGCCAGGAAUUACAGAAUAUCUCCCAAAGAUCCAGUUUUACAGAGGACCAAUUGGCUUCUACUUUUCUCAACUAUUUCACUCCUAAGGGAAACUUCUGGAGUCUUCAAAAAUCAGACAUUGCUGCCACUGAGACGUUGAUGGUAACAGAAGCACAGAAAAAGACCAAACAGUGGGAUGUGAGUAGUGUCAACUGCACUCCUAACAACAACUUCACUCAGAUUGAAUGGUUCAAAGGCUUGGAGUCAAACUUCAAACAAUUUUUACAAUAUAGACACUGCAGGUACUUUCCAAUGAUUCUGAACCACCCUGAGAAGUGUAGUGGUGAUAUCUACCUUUUGUUAGUUGUUAAAUCCAUUAUCACUCAGUAUGACCGCAGGGAUGCCAUUAGGAAAACAUGGGGCAAUGAAACAGUGGUGGAUGGAAAGCAAGUAAAAAUCCUAUUCCUUUUAGGGACUUCAUCCAAUGAAAAUGAAAAAUUUCACCAUCAAAGACUGCUGGAAUAUGAGGAUAUUAUUUAUGGGGAUAUACUUCAGUGGAACUUCGUGGACACUUUUUUUAAUCUCACCUUGAAAGAGAUUAACUUUCUCAAGUGGUUUUCUACAUAUUGUGAGAACGUGGAGUAUAUUUUUAAAGGUGAUGAUGAUGUGUUUGUAAGCACCGAGAAUAUUCUUGAAUUUCUUAGUAUACCCAAAAUCACCGAUCUUUUUGUUGGCGACGUUCUGUAUAUGGCAAAACCAAUUCGCAAAAAGGAAAAUAAAUAUUAUAUUCCAGAAGCUUUGUACAAUAAAACAUAUUAUCCACCUUAUGCAGGAGGUGGUGGGUUUCUGAUGGCUGGAUCACUUGCAAGGAGAUUGUACAAAGUUUCUGAAAAUUUAGAGUUGUACCCCAUUGAUGAUGUUUUCCUGGGGAUGUGCCUGGAAGUGCUCAGCAUAAAUCCCAUUAAUCAUCAAGGCUUUAAGACCUUUGGCAUUGUGAAAAACAAAAAAAGUAAAAUGAAUAAAGAGCCUUGCUUUUAUAAAAGCAUAAUGGUGGUGCACAAAUUGCUUCCAGCAGAACUUCUAGAAAUGUGGAAAGCUGUUCACAGCAAAAUUAGUUGUUCUAGAAAAAUAAAAAUUUCUAUAGGUUCACCCCAAAGUUCAGAUAAUUUUUAA